AUGUCUUCUACCUAUUCACCUGAUCAGUGGAGACUAUUCAUUGAUUCAUCGAAAAUAAGUUUGAAGGCGGUUUUGUUGCAUAAUGGUAACGAAUUUCCAUCUGUACCUCUAGCGCAUGGAGUGCAUCUCGAAGCUCUUCUCGAGUUUGUAGAAAGACAUCGUGACCUCGCCCUUGGACGGGUGAGGUUCAAGGAGGCUCGAGCUUUGGCGGAUCGGCUGUGGCGUGAAUGUGCCGAAUUGCUCAAUCCUUUGGAACCCGCAAGGACUGGCAAAGAAUGGGCGAAGGUAUGGAAUCACCGAAAAUGCAGAGUAAGAGCUAAACUGGUGCAAAUUAAUAGCAGUCAUAGUGCUACGGGUGGUGGCCCAAGUAAUGCACUAACUCUUACUCCAUUGGAGGAAAGAAUUGCCAACAUUAUAAGAAGAGAUGUUGGUCCCCUACUUAAUGUAAGGCAAGAUCAAUUUGCUCAUUCUCAAAAUCCUAUUAUUGAAGAUCAUAAUAAUUAUAUCCUUCUGCCUCCACUUCCAGCUCUUCCUAUUCCUCCACCUCCAGGGAACAAUAGCCAUAAAGAACGGUCAAUAGCCGAUUAUACCAGAAGUACAAAGCCUGUCAAUUUGCGUGUGUCUCAGAAACUAGACGAGCAGCCUCUGCGGAUGAUAGCUUAA